CAAGUUCAGAAUAUUGUCUUCGACAGCAGCUCUCUACCAGCCUAGUUGGAGAAGACACAGAGACCAAAAAUGCCACCAGCAAUUGGAGCGCCACAGUACCCACCUCCAGAUGGAGGUUGGGGAUGGGUUGUGGUCUUUGGGGCUUUUAUCUCCAUUGGAUUUUCCUAUGCAUUCCCCAAAGCCAUCACAGUAUUCUUCAAAGAAAUACAAGAAAUCUUCCACACAUCAUACAGUGAGAUAGCUUGGAUAUCAUCGAUAAUGUUGGCUGUCAUGUAUGCAGGAGGUCCCAUAAGCAGCAUUUUGGUGAAUAAAUAUGGUAGCCGGCCUGUGAUGAUAGCAGGAGGUAUUCUGUGUUCCUUUGGUAUGAUUGCUUCGUCUUUCUGCAAUAGCGUCCUUGAACUUUAUAUAUGUAUUGGUGUCGUUGGAGGUCUGGGUUUAGCAUUCAACUUACAGCCUGCCUUGACCAUGAUUGGCAAGUAUUUCUAUAAGAAGCGUCCCAUUGCUAAUGGAUUGGCCAUGGCUGGAAGUCCAGUGUUUCUGAGUACAUUGGCACCUCUCAAUCAAUUCCUUUUUAAUGCAUUUGGCUGGAAAGGAAGCUUUCUCAUUCUGGGAGGACUUCUUUUGAACUGCUGCGUGGCUGGGUCACUUAUGAGACCUGUUGGACCGAAAACAGUCCCUCCUGCGAAAAAAGAUGUUGAAAAGGGCACAGGAGAUUCUACCUUGCACAAAAACAACAAGAAAUCUUUUUGUCAAACUAUGAAUAAAUAUCUAGACCUGUCCCUCUUCAAACACAGAGGGUUUCUGAUCUAUUUGUCAGGAAAUGUCAUUAUGUUUAUCGGUUUCUUCGCUCCAAUAGUAUUCUUGGCUCCUUAUGCCAAGCACAAGGGAAUUGAUGAAUAUUCUGCUGCUUUUUUACUAUCUAUCUUAGCCUUUGUAGACAUGUUUGCUAGGCCUUCAAUGGGACUCGUAGCAAACUCCAAGUUUAUCCGGCCAAAGAUUCAGUACUUUUUUAGUUUUGCUGUCUUGUACAAUGGCGUCUGUCAUAUCUUGUGUCCUCUGGCAACAAAUUAUACUGGCUUGGUGAUAUAUGCUGUGUUUUUUGGGUUUGCAUUUGGAAUGGUUAGCAGUGUUCUUUUUGAGACAUUGAUGGACCUUGUUGGGGCUGCCAGAUUUUCCAGUGCAGUUGGACUUGUCACCAUUGUGGAAUGUUGCCCUGUGCUCAUAGGCCCUCCACUAGGAGGUUGGUUAGUGGAUGUUACCGGUGAAUAUCAAUACAUGUAUUUUGUCUGCGGAGUGAUUGUGAUUGUGGCCAGUAUCUGGUUGUUCAUUGGCAAUACCAUUAACUACAGGCUUUUGGCAAAAGAAAAGAAGUUAGAAGAUGAGAAGCAGAAAGCACAGAAGAACACUGACUUGAAGGAAGCAGAACCGUUAACAAACAAUGAGAAUGAAGAUGCUGCCAGCAGAGCUGAUAAAGCUCUUGAAGAUCCUUCAGAAAGAGAAACCAACAUUUAAUCGGCAAUAUAGCUCAGGAGGCAACAUUUAUGACUUCCAUUAGAAAUACGUCUUCAAGACACAGGCCAGGUUUUGUGUAAUAAUGAUCAGUCACAAUAUUGGAUGGGAACAGAUUUUUGACCCGUGGCAAGACUCUAAGUUAAAUUACUAUUACAGUUUAUUUAUUUCAGUGAUACAAAAUUGAGAUUACAGAAGUAGUGACUCCACACAAAUGAGUCCAUCAAACUAUGACUCUGGACAAUCAAGAGUCAGGUAAACUAAGCUAUAUAUAAAGCCCUCCAAUGACAAACAGUUUUGUUUUAAAAGUAUAUCGAAUGCAAAAGUAUCUCUAACUGUUAUUUGGGAAGACACUUUGUGUUCAUCUUUAGAUUAUCAUUAAAGUCUGUUGAAAUAAUCUGCCCAAACUGCACUUAUCACUGAUAUUAAAAAGAAUAUAAGCUCGAAGAUUUGUUUCAAAAGAGACAGAGUACUUGAAGUGAAGCACACUGAAACUUUUUUCUCUUUUGUAUGGCCACUAGAUCAAAAAGAUUCAUUAUGUCUGUACAAAAAAUAUAAUAUGGAUGUAAAAGUUAAGGUCUGAAGACAAAUGAUUGGUGGGCACCAUCUCCAAAAUACAAUAAACAGCUGAAUUGCAAUAUAUUCCAGAAGUUGUUUCCUCCUGUGAUAGCUGUGAUAGCUGGCUACAUUGUACUUCAACAUACACAUUUGAACACAAAUGUGUUCAGACCUCACUAAUUCAAACUAAGCUAAAAUCUGCCUGUACAUAAAAGGAUUUAAAACCAAAAUCUGCGUUGCUAACAAGAGUGACAAUUAGUUUUUUCUGUUAUGUAUUCCUGUAUGGCUGAAGGAACUGGAUUGGACUGUGAAACCUUGUUCCUAAAGGGACUAGAUUCAGAACCUGCUGAUGUUAAAAGGAUACCUACCCUUGGCUUCUGUGGCCUGAAUCAGUUUCAUGGCAAUGUCUUCAAGCAGAUGCUCGGGUUUAUUGGCAGGUCAUUAGUUGUUUGACGGUCUGCUGAGAGGAGAUUUAAGGUCUAACUUCAGGUCUUUGCAGACAACUUUAUAUCAGUUCUCACCUCCCUUUCCCAUGUAUUUAGUGAAAAGCUACUUCUUCUUUGUAAUGCCAGUUCGAGCAGAAAAGCUGCAGUGCACAUUAACCGUGCCAGUGUGGAAGCUUUGUAUUAACAUAUCAUCGUUGUGCAGGAUAUUUGGUCUUCUGUCUGCAAUGUCACACAGACACUCAAAUAAAUUAAAAUGUACACAACUGUUCCUUUAGGCAAAAGAAAGUAUAAAUCAACAAAUUUACUUUACAGAAAUUAGCAUUGCACUUGAAAGCUAAAAGUGCAAGCUUCUGAAGGUAUUAAGUGAAAAUAUUUUUGUUCUGAUGAGGAAAGGUGCUGUUCGUUUGGAGAGAUGCAUAUAAAUGCCUCAGAAAUUGUGAAAAUUAAGGGUCUGAUUCAUAAAACAUUUAUGCACUGUUUAUGCAGAAUACACAUACAUUCAAAUCAGGGAAAAGAAUAUAGUUUAUUUUAGUCUUCUUUUAAAUCUCAAAAAGUUGCAAGUAUUUUGGACAGACAGCUACCUGUAUUAAACAUAGUUUGAAGCACCAGUAACAAAAUAAAAAACUUACUAGUAAAAUCUAGCAAAUAUGUGAAUGCUUUUAAGAAAGAAUAACGUUCAAUAUUAUUAUUUUCAUUGUUCUAAAAAUUUUGGUAGUGCUUGCUCCUGUUUUGCUGGGUUAUCAUCUUAUAUACUGUGAAAUUCCACAGUAAUGCUGAACUUUUUCAUUAUCUCAGCACUGUUUUGGGGGAGAAGCAUCAUGAAUCUGCUCACAGCCUGGCACAGCAGUUAAUACCUACUUGUUAUUUAAUUAUAUGCAGGAAAACCAAAUACCUUCUACAAGUCCUCUAAUCAACAACAAAAUAUGUGCAUUUUAGAGUUUUGGUAGAAAAUAUGGGUUAUGUGCUCAGAUCUGAGCAGCGAACUGUGUAAAGGAGAAUUAUUUAGUCCCAGGAAAAUUGCAGUUCCUCUCCCAGCCCCCAGCUUCAGAGAAGAAAUAAAUACAUUGCACUUCCUUUCAAACCAUAGCCCUGCCAUCACCCCAUGAGGCAAAAGUAUUGCUCUGUUUUUGACUACACAAACAUACAGGCUGAAUUCCAGGGUCUGUGAAGACCCUAUGUGCCCAGAGCCACCACAAAGUGAUGAGGAGUUUCAUAGACACUAAGCUUUCAUACAGGGAGGAAUAUCAGUGAUAAAUACUGAAUUGUGAAAGAUGAACUGAAAUUUUAGCUGAAGAGUAGUCAUCGGGAAGAUCACUCUGCUCUUGACAGCAAGUGGUAGAACAGCAGAUAUUAUUUGAAAAGAGAUGAAUAUAGAGACUGAACCAAAAUGACUGAGGCAAAAUUCUAGGUGCUUAUUAUCUCUUUGCAAAAAAUGGCAUUAUUAAGAAUAUAGAGUAGAAGACAAGUGCUAAGUUUUGCCUUAAGUCUGUUGAAAAUUGCUAUUGCAUAAAUAAUGGACUCAAUAAAAAAAAAAAGCUCUCAAGAAACAUGCAGGCAAACUACUUGUUCGAUCGAAAAACAAGGUUCCUCAAGCCAUAGACACACCUGACCACCAGUACAAAAAAUAUGUUAUUAUUCCAGAGGAAAUAAAAAUUUAUAUAAACACAAACCUCUACAAAGCUACUACUCUUUCAUCUCUGGUCAAUUACGUUAAAAAAUAAUAGGAAUGAAAGAGCUGCUCACCAAUGUGCAGUUUUUAAUCCCAUAAAGUAAAAUGAUAUAACAGGCAAAUGGAGCAAUAUAAAGUGUGAACUGAGUCAAGUGAAACAAUUCCUUAUACCUCUUUCAUUGCUUUUCUAAUAAUACUAGCAACAAAAUAAAAAACAUCAAAAUAUUAAUGAUAUUACUGAAUACUAAGGAAGUUAAAAUCCAGAGAUGAAUGAAUAAAAUUGGAACCAUAUCUAUGCAAAAACUGCCUGGAAUUCAAAAAAAAUGAUGUCUUCCAAAUAACAGGUCCUAAAGGGGCAAUUGUCUUGUAUAUGUAGCUCUUAUUUCAAAAAGUAGUAAUAAUAAUAAAUUGCCUUGAAUCAAUUCUAUACUGAGCAGCAAAGUAGCAAAAUGAGUAUAACUUGCCUUCAAAUCCCUGAAUAUCACUCUUACUCGCACUGAGCUGUAAUUUGUACUGCAAAUCAUUUCAUCAUUGCAUUUCUGCCUUCAGGAUAAGACCUGGGUAUAUACCAUCUCUCUAAAUCCCCCUGAUUUCUUUUAAUUACCACACCCCUAAUCUGGACCACUGCAGGGUUCGGGCUAACAGAUGCCCCUGCCCUACAAUCAAGAAAUGUAUGCUCAAGCUUCAAGACCUACCAGAUGCAUCUGUUAUACACUAUGGAGUCUGUAGACUCUGUCAGGCAGUGCAAGAUUGCUCUUAAUCUCAUUGAUACUCAAGUAUAUUUCAUCCUUUUAAUUUCUCUGCUACUAUAUCACUGAGCGUAAUUAUCAUCUUGCUUUUAUUUGAUCAAUCAAGAAAAAUAAUGUCAAAAUUUUAAAAUUAGUAGGAACAGUAGGACAACAGCAAUAACAUUUUUCCUGUUUAACAACAACUUAAAUUUCAAGUAGUUUCAGAGUAGACAUCCAGAUAUUUUUCUCUCUUUAGAGUUUUUUGACAUUGUACUCUCUUGUACUAACUUCCUCCAACUCCAGAGGAAGACUUCUCACCACUAAUUCUCAGUACUUUUUCAAGAACAUAUCAAAAGUUCACCCCUCCCACGUCUCGCCAUUGAACUGUGGUUGCAAAUGUUGUCAGUUCCGUAUUUCUAUUAAGUUCACAAAAGCAUCUUUUUAUAUGAAAUCCUGCAGCAUACAUAGUCGACUACAAUCUUUUUAUUUUAGGAAUGUGAUUUGAGAACUGUUUUGACAGAGUUAGGGAAAGUCUUAUUUUAUCUUCAAAUAGUUUCUUUUAAAUGGUGCUGUGCUUAUGAGAGGAAGUUCAGCUUUACUUCCAACUGAAGUGAAUGGCAGCAAUUUCACUGACAUCAUGAUUCAAAAUUCGCAUGAAUUUUAAUCGGUUUUUUGCAUAUCAGCAUCCAGUCUGCUUAAAAAACAUUUGCAGUGCGUACAUAACUGUUCCUCCCAGACAACUCUCGUUCCUCUUGAAGGUUCCCCACCCCCACCCUUGUUCUCCAUUCCGACGUAACACAGAGAAUUUGGGCCUGACAUGUACUGAUUUUUCUUAAAUUCUUUCUUGUUUUUCUCUUUCCUCAAAUGCCUUAGCAACAUUUUCACUUCCUACUUUCAGGUCUGGAUGGCUGAGUAUUUAGUGGGGACGCAUUAUUCAAAUACAUAAUAAGCUACCGAUAGCACAUACAGCCAGAUUUGGAGCAGCCAUCAGAAUUUCACUAAUGAAGCCAGUGACCACUUUUAUAGAUAAACAUGCUGUUACUGACAGUUUUGCCUAUAAUAAAAUUGAAUCGAGGCAACUUUUGUUAGUUUAUCUAUAGAUGCCUAUUUUUCUACUCACAGAAAGGAAUAUAAAGGGAAUUUUUAAAUAAUUAUUUUCCAAGAUGACAUAUCAAUUUUGACAAGGCGCUCUGGAUUUUUUUGGGAAUGAGUGCAUUUCUGAUAUUUGUGCACAUAUAUAUAUAUAUAUAAACUGUUGGCAUGUAUUACCACCUUUUUGAUCACAAUUUGCAUAAGCAUUGCUGAGUAAUUUCUACAUAAUUUGCAUAUUGUUGAUUUGCAGUUCAAAUUUUCCUUGUCAUCUGCCUCUUAAUUGAAAUUUGGAGACUUGCAAGACCCGGGAAGAAUACAGUUAUCAAAACACAUAAUGUUAAAACCUGUACAGACUAUUAGAAAAUCUCCCAAAUAUUUGAAGCUAAGAGUUCUGUUUUUAAGACAGUGCAUAUUUAUGACCAAAUUCUUUUAUCAAUUGCCAUAGCAUUAUUAAAUUUAAAAAUUUAACUCAUACUGGUGUAGUUUUUACAUCACUGAACUGGUAUAAAAACUCAGUGUGUCAUUUAGCUAUCCAAAGUCUACUGCCCUUUCUAUGAGAUGCUGUCCCUCACUUUUUUUUUGGUUGUCUUUCGAUUUCUGAGUUAGUGGAAGUAAUUAAAUGGAAACAGUUAAUACAGUGAAACAGUUUGAAAAAGCAUUACAGAAUACUUUGCAUUUUACAUCCCCCAAAAAAAGAAAGUUUCUUUGAUUUUGCUAUAAUACAGAAUUUUAGCUUGUCUCCCCUUUUGUGAUGUGGUUGAGGGAGAUGAUCACAAAAUGUUGGACUGGGGUCAAGAAAUGAUGAUUAUUCUUCAUGUGCUCUUCACAAAAACAGCAAUGAUUGUUUCUUCAAAAAUAUUCUUCUUUUCGGUCUGAAAACCAUUCUUGCCUUCUAGGACCUAGUACAAAGUCCACUGAAACCAACAUAAAAAAAACCUUUCAAAGUCAAAAAGCUUUAUCUGACAUUGGAGGUGAUGUGGCUUCAGUGGAGGCUUCAGCCUUAUUUUCUCCAUAUCAAAUCUCAGGAGUAUCAGAUAUAACAAACGAAAUGCAGGAUUUGUGGUGACUGGCAAUUUAGCUAUGCCUGCAUAGUAUACCUAAUGAAUCAGUCCCUGAAGUAAUGCACAAUAUGUAUUAUUUUAAUAGCAUAUGUAAAUAAAAAAAAAAAUCAAACAUAAACUCUGAAUGUAGAUUAUAAAAUAUAAAGGAUAUAUUUAAAUAAAUAUCCAAACAAAUCUGCUUAACCCCAAAGGAAAUUAUCUAUUUCCUUUCAAGCUUUCCUUCAGCAGUUUAUAAUCUUCAUUUUUGUUAUUUCUGAGAAAAUGUUCUAUGUCUUUUGGAAUGUAUAUAUAGAUUUAUAUAUAAGGGAAUAUAUAAGCAUAUGUGUGUAUGUGUGUAUAUAUGUAUUCCCCUAUAUAUAAAACUCUAAUUUAUAUAUAUUAUAUAUAUUUAUGUAUAUAUAAAAUAUAUAUAAUGUCUUAGAGUAAGUUGCAUACUGUGCCUGAUAAAUGAAGCAUAUUUGUAAGCAGAUAAAUGACUUCACCAAAUGACAGAAAAAUAUAGAGGUUUUCUACAAGAAUAUAUUUUAUUAUUUUUCAGUUUCUGCUGGUUUUAUUUAUAUUAGAAAUUCAUUCAUAAAACUGCUAUAUUACCUAGCAUUGGUGUUUCAACCAUUACUCAGUUCAAAGUGGCAUAAGAUCAUUCAGAAUUUUCACCGUUGUUAGACUGUAAAACCUACAUUGUUGGUGGAGGGGUGUUGGUUGGUUGUUUUUGCUGUAGAAGUAUUACGGAGAUGAUCUCUGAACAGACAGCAACACAUAGACUGAGCUGUCAUCUAUUGUAGUAUGUAAGACAAGAUCACACGAGGCAUUGAGGAACAUGAUAUUCUUGUAAAAAGUAUGGAGAAUGAGGAUACUCAAGGCCCUGUAAACAAUAUUUAAGUUAAAUAUUAAGUCAAAUAAGUUAAAUUCUUAUGGGAAACUCUCCAGAAUAGUAGGAUCUAAAAACACUGACAAUUUUUCAUACUUUUUCCAGGUUUUGGAUUUCUUAAUUUGUCUGCUAGUAGGCAAGCCAGUAAAAACCUACAUGUGUCUCUGACACUUCAAAAGUUCUACCUUAGUUAUUGAGGGAUUUUUCAGAGUGGUACAUAAAGUACUUACAUAAAUACCCUUCCUGAAGUGUUAGAUACGUGCAUUUUCCACUCGUAUUAGCCUACUCGGAAAGUUCACCAUAUCUGCAGUCUACCAACUGAACUUGGUAUUGCUAUGCAAUAAUUAAACAUGCAGUAGCCAUUGCUGUUGACUAACAAAUUUUUUCUUCCUUUUUGUAUUUUGCAAUACUGUACGGUUUUUACUUGAAUAUAUUGGCUAGAUUUUUUUUUUUUUUGACAAUCAUUUAUUAGCUAGAGGUGCUACUUAUGUUCCAAAGAGAUCUGGGUGAAUGAUAAGAUUCUCUUUCUACAUGCCAAAUCCCUUUUUUAACCUGACAAAUUUCAUUGUUCAUAAUGUAUAUUAACCCUGUAAAAUGCUUAUACACUGCAUUAUAUUGUAUUUAAAUGCAUACUUGCUCAUUAACUUCUAUUCCAGGCUUGUACUAGCGUCUAAUAUGUCAAGUUUGUCCAUAUAUAUUUAUGGAAAAUUGCAAUGAAAAAUGUGUAUGAUAAAUAGUGGGGAAAAAAAAAAAGAAAAGAAAAUAAAAUUUCCAUGUAAAGUUUCUGAAAGGAUGUA